AUGGCAGAAAAAGCGACCGGUUCGCCGGCGAGCUUCGUCGACCAAUCAGUAGUUCCAGGCGAUGUGGUUCUUGACCUCACCAGCAUGGCUAACCAGACCAUCAAGCUCGGCGGUGGUCUUCGCCAGGAUUGUGAUGCAAUAACUGCGAUGAAGGCUGGGACUUUGAAGUUUUCAAAGCCAAACAAAUAUUGGGUCGAAACCUCUCAGAAAAGGUAUGUGCCUUGUGCGGGGGACUCUGUUCUUGGAAUUGUGGCGGACUCUAAAGCAGAUAAUUUUCUGGUGGACAUCAAAGGACCUACAAUUGCAUUUUUGCCUGUGCUUGCUUUCGAAGGAGGAACCAGGAGAAACAUACCAAAGUUUGAGGUGGGUACAUUGCUUUAUGUCCGGGUAGUGAAGGCAAACCCUGGCAUGAAUCCUGAGUUAUCAUGCAUUGAUGCCAGUGGAAAAGCAGCAGAGUAUGGUCCCCUUAAGGGUGGCUACAUGUUUGAAUGUUCAACUGGCCUUCCAAGAAUGCUGCUGAGCUCACCAAGAUGUCCAGUUCUGGAGGCGCUUGGGAAGAAUAUUUCCUUUGAAACAGCAAUUGGUUUAAACGGCCGUGUUUGGGUCAAUGCUGGUUCACCAUCUACAGUGAUCGUUGUUGCUAAUGCAAUUAUGAAUGCAGAAUCUCUGAGUGGGGUGCAGCAGAGAAUUAUGCAUGACAAUUCAAGAAGUGCAAGCAUUGUAGCUGUCAAACUCGGCCUGUUACACAGAAGACGUUUUUUCAUGAAGGUUCAAUGUGACAGUACACUGCUGACUAGCGAUGUACAGCAUCAUGUGCCUGAAUUUGGGUCAGAGAACUAUACUAUAGAUGUUGAAAUCCGUACUUGGGUUCCACUAUAA